CAGUUAGAAGAGAGCAGUGGGGCAGUCAGCUGUUUCCUCCAUAGACACCGGGCACGCUGAUGGAGACGAUCCCGACUGUGGUUCUGCUGCUCGGACUCGCAGCCUGCUGUCGGGCCCUACUCGCUGUCCCCACGCUGGAGGUCAACCUGGACGACGAGCCGGAAGUUCGAUGGUUGCCUCUGAAGAAAGUGUUUAACGUGGACUACCUGAAUAAAGUCGCGGCACAGAUUAUUGAUUCCACAGUUCCAAAAUGGGUCCAUCAAGCUGUCAAGCCACUGGUGAAGGCCCUGGAUAAGUACGUUCCUCAGCCCUACGCGGGGGAGAUCCGCGGCAUGUCCACAGUCAUGGGGGCAGACCUGGCCAACAUCAUAAUGCUCAACUUUGCCUAUGAAAUGACUGCAUUUUGCACGAGCAUCCUCGCUCAGGACGUAAACGGGAACGUGUAUCAUGGACGGAAUCUUGAUUAUCCACAUCCUGUUCUGAAGAAUCUGACUACAAACAUUGUUUUUCGCAAGAACGGAAAGGUGGUGUAUCUUGGGACUUCGUUUGCUGGUUAUGUUGGCUUGUGGACGGGACAAAGUCCUUACAAAUUUACCGUUUCUGGUGACCAGCGAGGAACCGAGCACUGGUGGAACUGGUGGAGGAAUUUCAUGUCUGCGUUCCUGUUCCACAGAUCUCCAGUCAGCUGGGCUUUGAGGGAGACGCUGGAGAAAGCAGAGGACUUUCAGGACGCAGUGAUGCGUCUGUCAAGAACGCCCCUCAUCGCGGGGGUGUAUUACAUCGUGGGCGGGGUGCGACCGAGGGAAGGGGUCGUGAUCACCAGAGAUCGAGUGGGCCCGGUGGAUAUCUGGCCUCUGGAACCGCUAACCGGAGGAUGGUUCAGAGUAGAGACAAACUUCGACCACUGGCUUCCUGCCCCAUCAGGGGACCAUCGCAGGGAGGUUGCAAACAAAGCGUUGGAAGCGACUGGCCAGAAUCACAUCAACAUGGACUCUCUUUAUCAGGUUCUGUCUCGGGAUCCAGUGUGUAACCAAUUUACCAUUUACACAACACUCAUGAGCGCGGCUUCCCCAGAGACGUAUGUUACAAAUGUCAGACCAAAGGGCUGCAAGAAGACUGAACCCCGAAUCAGACACAGAUCUCUCCCAGCAGAGCUUUUGAAGUCCAUGACACAAACACAGAGUUGAUGUGAGAACAUGAGGGAAUUUAGUCUUUACCUUGUGUGAUCAGGCGAAACUGGCUCCAGUGAAAUAAGGUUUUUAAUCAAAUAAAUCUUUAUUGCCAUCGUAACUUUUUACAAAGAACAAGAGAUAAAGAAAUUGCGGCUGACUCAGAGUUUGGAACGCAAGAUUACAAGAGCAAUGAUAAGUACUGUAGAAACAUUAUGAUAUAUACGAUAUAAAUGCAAAACGUCUUUGUAAAAUGUUGUGAUGGGGACAAAUGUGUUGCACUUGUUCAGUUUGGGUCUCUGUUACACACUGGAAAAGGACGUGAGGGAAAUUUAUUGGGAAUUUUGGGCUGAUUGCACUUAGAUAAAAACUUUUGCACAAAUAUUUAAAAUUAAUUAACCCUCUGGAGGCAGGCGUUGCAGAUCUGCAACGUUAAAACCUACCUACCUGGUUACUCCGCACGCGUGUUUCAUGAGCAUUUUUUACUCAGAAGUACCCCUUUAGGACUUAGUUGUUCAUUCUUUUAUCAAAACUUAUUUUGAGCCCGAGAGGGUUAAGCGUUCACCAUGAUCCUUUUAGCACUUUGAUGUAAAACUAGACCUUUUCUCUCCUGUUGCCUUCCUAAACUAUGUGUGUUUGUCAUGCUGAAUUCAGCCAUGGACCAAUGACAGUUUUUUGGCUCAGCACCAACGUAGCAACUGUCCAAUCAUGCUGUAGUGAUGUCAUAGAUUCACAACUCCAAUGUGAGUCACAUACAUUUGCCUGACUUCACAUGCAACACCUGCCAUUCCUCAGGCUGGAAAAAGAAACUAAAACAAUGUUGGAAAAGUUCAUAGUUUCUUUUCCCAGUAGAAGAUUUGACUAUAAUGUCAGAGAACGUCCCAAAUUUAACAAUAAAUGUAUACCUUUAACCACGGAAAA